UUGCUUGAUUGAUACUGCGCCUCUACAUCAUCGGCUCCUCUCUCUAAGCUCCUUCAAUCCCGCAUCGACGGCUUCGCUUCCUCCCUCACCCUCUCGCCGAUCCUCUUUAUUAAUUCAUAGGCUUUGCAAUGUCAGGUCCAACUCCGUCAAUGGCUCCGGGCCAGCCAACUCUCGUCCCCGUCGACCCUUCUUCUGGUCUCUGGGAGCGGUUAACACACUGGGCGUCAGAGAACAAGACUGUCGUCUACACCAUUGCUGGUGUCGGCAUUGCUGUUACGGGUGCCGGUGUGAUUUACUAUCUCAAUGACAACAGCGCCAAGGACACAACACCAAAGAUUAGCAAGAAGGAGAGGAGAAAGCGAAAGGAAGCCGAUCGCAAAGCUGACAAGGAAGCACCCUCAACCGGCCCCUCCCAAUCCAAGCCUACUUCUGUUGAGAUUGAGCCGGAGCUGCCCGACGUCGACGAGGAGUCAGUUUCCAGCCUUACUCAAGACCAGCGUGAAGAUUACGCCGCCAAGUUGAAGCAGGCUGGCAACAAAGCCUACGGCGACAAGUCGUAUAACAAAGCUAUCGAACUUUACUCCAAGGCCAUCCUCUGCAAGGCCGACCCUGUCUUCUACUCCAACCGAGCCGCCUGCCACAGUGCCAUGAGCGAAUGGGAUCAGGUGAUCGAGGAUACUACCGCCGCCAUCAACAUGGACCCUGAUUAUGUCAAGGCCAUCAACCGCCGCGCUACUGCGUAUGAGCACCAGAAGAAGUACUCCGAGGCUCUCCUCGAUUUUACAGCUUCAUGUAUCAUCGAUAACUUCAAGAGCGAGUCCACCGCCCAGGCUGUCGAGCGCCUCCUCAAGACUUUUGCCGAGCAAAAGGCCAAGGAGAUGAUGGCCUCCAGACCACCCAAGCUGCCCAGCCCCAUCUUCGUUGGAAACUAUCUUCAGAGCUUCCGCCCCAAGCCUCGCCCCGAAGGCCUCGAGGACUCAGAAGAGCUGGACCCUGAUACUGGCAAGGGACAGGUGCAAAUUGGUCUCCAAGCUUUGGAGAAGAAGACUGGCGACGGAUACGAGGAGGCCCGACAAGCUUUCGAAAAGGCCCUGGAGCUCGGUGACCUGGGUGAGUACGAGGCACUUGCUUAUAACAUGAGAGGUACUUUCCGCACUUUGCUCGGUAACCACGCCGAGGCUACACAAGACUUCGACAAGAGCAUCGAGCUUGACCCCUCGAUGACGCAAAGUUACAUCAAGCGCGCCAGCAUCAGCCUGGAGCUUGGUGAGCCUGAAAAGGCCGAGGCCGAGUUCGCCAAGGCCCUCGAGCAGGACAAGAACGACCCUGAUGUUUACUACCACCGUGCCCAGGCCCAUUUCAUCAAGGGCGACCUCGCCGAUGCUCAGAAGGACUACCAGAAGUCGAUCGAUCUCGAUAAGGACUUUAUCUUCUCUCACAUCCAACUCGGUGUCACCCAGUACAAGAUGGGCUCGAUCGCUUCGUCAAUGGCUACUUUCCGACGAUGCAUUAAGAACUUCCCCAAGGUGCCCGAUGUUUACAACUACUACGGAGAGCUGCUCCUUGACCAGGGUAACUUCUCCGAAGCCGUCGAGAAAUUCGAUACCGCCAUGGAGAUGGAGAAGCAAACCAAGCCCAUGUCUAUGAAUGUCCUGCCCCUCAUCAACAAGGCCUUGGCUCUCUUCCAGUGGAAGCAAGAUUUCAAGGAGGCCGAGGCUCUCUGCAAGAAGGCUCUUAUUAUCGACCCCGAAUGCGAUAUCGCCGUUGCUACCAUGGCUCAGCUCCUCCUCCAGCAGAACAACGUUCCUGCUGCCCUCAAGUACUUCGAGCGUGCCGCUGAGCUUGCCCGAACCGAAGGCGAGAUCGUGAAUGCCUUGUCUUAUGCUGAGGCCACCCGAACACAAGUCCAAGUUACGGAGAAGUACCCCAAGCUGGCAGCAAAGUUGGCAGGCGGUGCCGGACCUGGAGGCCUCCGCAUGGGACCUCAAUAAAUGCGUAUGAGACAAAAGAUCAACGGCCAGAAUGGCGUGUAAAGUGUACGAAUUUGGAGCAGAAGAGAAAAAGGAAGGCGUUGAAUUAGGAUGGGAUGCGGGACACGAUCACACCACCCUCGAAGCCGUCUCGCCUCAACAACAAGUGAAGUCCAAUGCAAUGCUUUGCAGCUGGGAACUAUAAUGCACACAUCUGAACCCUACUGUACCUGUAUAUAAUAGCACUUCUCUCAUCUCUUUGUUAGGCAUAUUGGGGAUCUGCGAGGAUGGGCGCAGGGCAGGUACUCAACAGGCUUGGAAAUAUAUGGUGUAUCGGAGGAAACAAGAAAUCAAGUCGUUUCUUC